GAGACGGAGGUUAUAAUAUUUUUUUCAUUUGGAUUUUAUAAUGAGUAGCAACAUAAAUGGGACGUUAACUUUGCAAAAUUUUUGAGGGCUCAGCCUUCACAUUCAACGGCCAUAGAUGACGCCACGUUUAUCACCUUACUCUGUUUCCCGCCAUUUAUCUUUCCAGCCUACAUCUCUCUCUCUCUCUCUCUCUCUCUCUCUCUCCCUCUUUGCAACUCUCUCACUCGCUCCAAUGGCGCCCGAGAAGUUAACAGAGUACGAGCGGCGUCGGCUCGAGAACAUAAAGCGCAACGACCAAAUGCUCGCUUCUCUCAACAUCCAUUCCAAAAUCAACGAUCUCACGGAAUCAACCAAACGCCAAAGGGCACAAACCAAGGUAAUUCCAGAGAAAAAACCGAAGCCCGAAAUCUCAAUCGUAAUCCGAAGGUCUCUACGGCGCAGAGGAAUGCCACCCGAUGCCUCCAUUGCAGGCGGCCUAAAAAAAGCUAAAACCCCCAAAUUAAUACCUACAUUGGGCCCUAUUACCAUGAAAGAUGCUUAUUGCGGUGACGCCACUGACCAAAACCUAAUUGAAACAAUAAUGGGUGUUUCGAAGAAUUCCCAAUUGUACUCUGGCGAUGAAAAUGAGAAUUCGGGUCAUCCGAUUAGGGUUUCUGGUUGCAUUGAUUUGGGGUCGCUGAGGUUAGAACCGGAGAAUGUAGCUAGGGUUGUGCAGGGGAGGAUACCGAUGGUGAGGUUCUUUCCGUCAACGGAUAUGAAGUUGGUUGCGGUGGGGAGUGAGUUUGGGCAUGUUGGGUUUUGGAAUGUUGAUGCUAGAAACGAGGAUGGAGAUGGGAUUUAUUUGUACCAACCGCAUUUGGGGCCAGUCACGGGGAUUGUAAUUCAUCCGUGCUCGUUGACAAAGGUAUACAGCAGCUGCUAUGAUGGAUUUCUUCGGUUGAUGGAUGUCGAGAAGGAGAUGUUCCUCUUGUUAUAUUCCAGCAAUGAUGUCAUAGUUUCCAUUUCUCAACGACCAAAUGAUGUUAAGUCCUUAUAUUUUGCUGGGGCUCAAGGAAUUGUCAAUAUGUGGGAUGAGAGGGCUGGAAAAACUUUAACCCCAUGGGCUUUGCAUGAAGAGAGAAUCAACACGAUAGAUUUCAGCACAUAUAACACUAACAUCAUGGCAACAAGUUCCUCAGAUGGGACUGCUUGCAUUUGGGAUUUGAGAUUUGUUGAUGCAGUUAAGCCAAAAUUGUUGAAGACAGUAAGCCACAAUAGGGCCGUGCAAUCGGCUUACUUUUCACCUUCUGGAAGCUAUCUAGCAACAACAGGUUCUGAUGACAAAGUCGGCCUAGUGACUGGAGCUAAUUUUGAAGACACAAGUAUGAUACAUUAUCAAAAUUCAACAUUAGGAGGUAUUUUUUCAAUUAGAGCAAUAUGGGGCUGGGACGAUUCAUACCUCUUCGUCGGAAGUGUGAAGAGGGAAGUCCACGUUAUCUCCACAGCUAGGCGAACAAGUAUUAGAACUUUACGGAGCCCCCAUAUAUCUGCAAUUCCAAGUCGCUUGGAUGCACACCCUUGCGAGAUUGGGAUGCUUGUGGGAGCCACAUCUGGCGGCUACAUGUGGUCAACAUGCUAAUGUUUUUGGAACCGGAGCUUCGUUUUGCACCAGUAUUGUUGUACCAUCGGAAAUCGAUUAGUUGAGCGAAACGAUGACGUUGGUUUUCGAUAACAUCGAGGCAGUUUGUAGGCGGUUUGUCAAAUGACAAGGCUUCUGUUUUGUCCUUGUAAAUUACUGCUUUGCAGAACUUUGAUGCCGCGUUUAGUAGCUUUUUAUGCUGCUUGAGGACUGGACAUCAAUUGCUGUUCCAAGAGUUUGAAUCAAUGAAUGGAUUAGAUCUUGCCUUGAUUUAAUUAAUGUCUACAUUUUCCAAA